AUGAAUCCCAUAGGCACAGAGUUUAUUAUAGGCCUGCUGGCGAUUGGCGUCAAUUAUGUUGCUACUUUUAAAAUACCAUCUAGCUCUUUAUUAAAGGAUCCUGUACCAACAUUAUCGGCUACUGUGCCAGUUUUAUUUGUGGGCCAUGUCAUCUUGAUCAUCUUGGCCAAUUUAUUCAGAGGAACUAUCAACAAAGCUUUCAAAACAGUAGGAUGUAGCAUAUUAGUUACAAUGGCUGCAGUCGGCAUUUUACAUCUUUUGAUAGUCUUAUUUGGUGCACCACUCAUUGAAAAAAUACCCAACACCUUCUUAUUCUCAGCUUAUCUAUCCAUCCUUACCAUUAUGCCCUGUUUCGAGUCUUUGACAGAAUCAGUUUGGAUCAAGGUCUUUUUACAACAUAGCCCUACAACGACAUCAGAAAUUUAUGCAUAUGCUCAAGCCAUCUGUGCAUUGUCGGGUGCGUGGAUAGGCGCUAUUGUGCUACCGUUGGAUUGGGACAAAGAGUGGCAAGCAUGGCCUAUCUCAUGUGUUAUUUCCACAUAUGUGGGCCAUUCUGUAGGUGUAUUGGCAGCUUUCGUUUGGUCUUCGUUAAAAUUAUUAUUUGGCAAAAAGAAGACGGAAUAA